CAGACAUGCAAAUUACAGAGCUAGAGCCACAGCCACUCGCCUUAGGAAAGACGGAGUAAAAUAACUCAAUAUCUUUAGUAGACAGGCUGACAGACUGACUGACUGGGGGAGGUGAAUGCGCUAUUCUUGUAUCAGUAAAGAGCCUGCGUUAAAUAACCAGGACGCAGAACGCACACAGCAGAGGUGAGGCAAACAAACGGCCCUUGCCAGAGAGGAGACUGCAACUCGUGCGUCGUAAAUAUAUCGCGUUUAGAGAUGAAAGUGAAGCAAGGCUGCGACGCGGGAGUCCCGUACACGACUGAGGAGGAUUUGUUAAAUAGCCCAGAAAUAACGCCGGAGGAUGUACUCGGGCUGCAGAAGAUCACAGACAAUUACCUCUGCGGUCCAGAGCAGAACGUCCACAAGAUCGACUUCACUAGGUUUAAAAUCCGAGACAUGGAGACCGGCACGGUUCUCUUUGAGAUCACCAAACCACCAACCUCAGAGACUGGGGAGGAUAGGAUGGACUUUGAGCAGAACGCUGGACGAUUUGUGCGUUACCAGUUCACCCCGGCCUUCCUCAGACUGCGGCAGGUUGGAGCCACGGUCGAGUUCACCGUAGGCGAUUCUCCCAUCAACAACUUCCGCAUGAUUGAGAGGCAUUAUUUCCGUGGGCAGUUGCUGAAGAGCUUCGACUUUGAGUUUGGCUUCUGCAUCCCGAGCAGCAAGAACACCUGCGAACACAUCUACGAGUUCCCACCGCUCUCUGAAGACAUAAUGCGUGAAAUGAUCCUUCACCCCUACGAGACACAAUCAGACAGCUUUUAUUUUGUGGACAACAAGCUUGUAAUGCACAAUAAGGCCGAUUAUUCCUACAACGGAGGACCGUAGGAGAUAUUUGACAUCAUGAAAUCUGCAUUGAUUAGCUGUGGACUGGCACAGAAACAUCUACUGGAAGUGGCAUCUAUUCAACACCCAAUGCUCUUCAAAAUAAAGGUUCCAAAGAUGUGUUUAUCAAUAGAAGAAUUAGUGAACAGCUCUUUAAUUAGCAACAGUUUAUUCAUCUGAAGAUUGAUGUGAAUGUUCUUCAGAUAAUAAAGUUCUUCAUGGAACCUUAGAUGCCAGUAAAGAACCUUUAUUUUUAAGAGUGCAAUCUCAGGAUUUAUGUGUAUGUGUGAGGCAGAGGAAACAAUACUCUCAAAAAGGGCCUGAUAUUUUCCCAUUAGAAUCAUGUUAAGUAUGCGACAGUUGUUUCUUUUUUGGAGUAUGUGAGUGCGUCUGUGCAUUAAAGGUGCUGUAUGUACAUUUUUGAAAGUAUGUUUACAGAUAUUUAAGAAACAUGCUAAGUGAACAUACUUGUUUAUCUGAAAAACAACGCUAAAGUCAGUUAUUCUCAGUGGAAAAUUGACUUUUUUUGUAGGAAUAUCUAGGUGCGUCCCAAAUCGCAUACUUAUGCACUAUUCUAUGCCAUUUCAACCGAUAAACAGAAGUGUGGAAUGUUGGAUACUUCACGCACUCAACGACCGCUGCUUUGCUUAUGUAGCGGAAGAGGCGGAGCUAUCGAGCGCACACCUUGGAUUACAUUAUUUAUUUUGAAUUGUGAAAGCUAAAUUCUCCUACGAGAGUGAUUAUAGCGCCUCCAGAUGGUGAAUGCGGUUAUACUCACGCCCCAUUUACAUGAGGCAUUAGCUCCAACACUUCCCAUUCACUUUGAAUGGGUGACAUCAAGCGUUGCCGAACUGCAUUGUGGAUCCAUCGGCACCGCUUUAGUGGCAUUGCUUGCUGCAGAAGUUGGGACUAGCUUUUUUUUAAGCACCGACAGAAGGGCCAGCCAAUCAGAUUGCUGUAUGCAAAUACACCAGCUCAGACAGUAGCUGAUUGCUUACUAAUUUUAUUGGCUGACGCUGCUAUGACGAUCGCGUCAGCCUCAACUUCAGAAACGCCCUCUGUCAAGUGUUGACGCUGAAGCCCCGUGUGAAUGGGGCGUCAUGGGAGUAUUUGGUAGUUUGGUCAUUUAUUUCACUAAUUUGGCAAUUGUCAAACGUCAUCAGGGAAAUGGUUUGAAUUUCCGCUUAGUGGAAAAAACGUGUUCCAUUUGGGACCACACUACAUACAUAUACUAUGCUGUUGAGGGUGUAAGUGCAUAAGUAGGCUACAUAGUGUAUAGUGUGCCAUUUGGGACGCAGCUUCUGUCUUUGUUUUGGUCUGUCUAACUCCGCCCACUGCCAGUUUAACCAAUUAUAUUUAAGCACCCUGGGUUGCCUUUGUGUAAAACACUGUAUUUUAUUUCAGUCUUGAAGGCUGCCUUAAAAAAGCCUCCAAAAUGAGACAGAUUCGGAGUUAUGAAAAUCCACAGGAGGUGGCUAGCAGAUAAUAUCAAUUUUACAAAUGUAAACAUUAACCGAGCUACUUACAUUGUAUGGCUCGAUCAGAUAAACUCGCUCCUGUUAAUGUCGUGUCGACCUGCGUUUUGAAUAGAGUCCUCAGAGUAGGACGGUCUUGGUGAAAAAAAGAGCCCCUGUUAUGCAUUAAAAAAGGUCAUAUUUUGGUUUUUGGGGGUCUCCAACAACAGCUUGAUAUGCGUGCAAGGUCAAAAAAACCCUUUCAUUGUCUUAUAAUAUGCAUUUAUUUUUACAUAAUUAUCCCAACGUCUCCCAUAUGAUUCGUUCAGUGAUUCAUUUGUUCCCAAACUUUUCCUUAGCGCACUGCUAAUCAGUGCUAAUUGGUCUGAUGACCCAGUCAGUUGUGAUUGGUCAACUGUGUUCAGUGUGAGACAGAGAAACGCCCACCACGGCUUAUCAAUAAUUUUGAAGUAGUCAGAGUGCAGAGAAUAUGUGUGAACCCAAUGCAGUUAAACACCUGCACAUUGCUCUAUUCUUAACCAUUCUUAACACAUUCAGUAUUAAUCCACACAGUGGCAAAAGCUAAACUAUUUUGAACAGUUGAUAGUGGCCAUAGGAUCGCAAGCUCACAAAUGCAUUUAAAUCCGUAAACAAAGCGGCACGCGUCACGUUUUUAACAUGGCUUUAGAUGCGAUAUGAGUAUAUAAAGAGUUAACCAGAUACAGUACAAGCCGCGCGGAUGAGUUACAAGUAGUUACAGUAGGCCGAGUGUUUUAAAUUUCCCAGGUAUGCGUGGUCAACAAAUGGGCGGAGCUUGAGUUCUGUGUUGAGGUCACGCCCACACGGUUAAAGAUUUGUUUCACCGACAAUUCAUUUGAACCAUCUGAGUCGACUCUUUUAUAGAUGAAUCAAUAGUUUUAAACAUGGCGCACUUUCAGAUUUAAGCCUUAGCCGAAUAUUUCACUUCACUUAGAGCUGUGUUACACACUGCAUGGAAGGUCAAUUUGAAAUGCAAUAUUUAGUUCAACCACUACCUAGUUCAAUACUACAUACUCCACCUUUAACUGCACACUCUUUUUUUCAUGUAUUUGUUCAAACCCCUAAGCUAAAUGAUUGUAAAGUACCCUGUUUGAUUUGUAACUAAUCUUACAGUGGUUUUUCGAAUGCAUAAAAUGAGUCUUGAGAGUUGUAAAGUGUUAAAGGAAAAAAGGAUAUUGUCAGGAAAUGUGUGUUUUGCCCUGACUUUGCACCCACUUCCUUUUGGCCUCAAUGAAAAGCCCUGAUUUCGCUUCUCUUUUUUCACUUAUAAGCUUAUAAUUUGGGCAAUGAUGAUGUAAAUCCAUUAUUUAUAUUAAUAUGCUCUUAUUUAUAUUGAUAUACAUUGUCACAAUAUUUUUAAUAGCAAAUAGUGGUCAGAAUUUGUUGUGUCAAUUGUUUCAUGUGAUUUGACAAAAAAAAAGGAAAAAUAAAAAAGUUGGAGUACUUGAGAUCAUCAUGUUGUUGAUUUAAUUCUUUUGUUUUAUUUAUAAAAGUCCUGCAUAGUGAUGUAAUGUAAGAAAACAAUGCUUGUAUUGCACACUAAAAAAGUCACUUUUACUUACAGAGGCUGCAUUUAUUUG